GCUUGACGCAGUUUGGCUGGGUCACGCUGCAAUCCAGCCGGAUGUUUUGCGUCGCCAGUAUGUGAUGGGGGAACAUUCGCUCAUUUCACUACUAAACUAAUCCUGCGGCUCCAGCGGCGGCCCCCACCAGGCACCAAUGAGUCGAGCUUUGUGAGAGGGCAGCAGUCAGCCCCGAGUGCUGGAUGUCUGUGACGGUUCCAUGGGCCAGAAGGACCAUGUGGAGGCAGGUGCAGCCCACAUCCUCGACCUGGGGCUGGAUUUGGAGUAUCUCCACGUAGCAGGGGCUGACCGGCAGGCUGGCGGCUCUGACGGGCGCCCUGCUAUGGAGGAGCAGGGGGAGAGCUCCGGCAACAGCAGCACCGCCAAUUCCCCUCCGCCGGCCGUGGAGGAGGAAAAUGCCGGGUCUGAUGCAGAGUGCGAGCCGGCGUCCUCUUCUAGCGACACCCCCGCUGCCGCCCCCGACCCGGAUGGAGGUGAGGGAGGGUUAACUCACUGUAAGAACACCCACCAGCUGCUUUGUCGGACCCAGUGUGUGGAUUUAGGCACUGAGGGUCCUCCCGAGCCCCCACCUGAACUCCCAUCAGAGCUUGAAAACGACACCCCUGCCCAGUCUUCACCCAGCUCCCCAUGUAAGCAGCCACCUGAGCCUCCGUCCACUCCCUCCUCAUCAGAGCCGGCGCCCGAAGCCGGCGGGAAGGAGUACCAGGCUAAGCUGGAGUUCGCCCUGAAGCUUGGCUACUCUGAGGAGACGGUGCGACUGGUGCUGUCCAAGCUCGGCCCUGACACCCUCAUCAACGACAUACUGGGAGAGCUGGUCAAACUGGGCACCAAGUCAGACAGUGAGCAGCCGGUUGGAUCGUUAGCCUCUACCUCAUCUUCUUCGUCCUCCUCCUCCUCGUGUGGCUGUUCUGAUUUGAUGGAGAGCCAGAGGUCGGACUCCCCCUGUCCGUCAGAGUCUCUGUGCGACCAGGACAACCUGCGGCCAAUUGUGGUGGAUGGCAGUAAUGUAGCCAUGAGCCAUGGCAACAAGGAAGUGUUUUCCUGCCAGGGCAUUCAGCUGGCGGUAGAUUGGUUCCUCGAGCGUGGCCAUCAUGACAUCACAGUGUUUGUGCCUGCGUGGAGGAAAGAGCAGUCCCGCCCUGACGCCCCUAUAACAGAUCAGGAUAUCUUGCGGCGCCUGGAGAAGGAAAAGAUCCUGGUCUUCACUCCUUCGCGGCGUGUCCAAGGUCGGCGCGUGGUUUGCUAUGACGACCGCUUCAUCGUCAAACUGGCCUAUGAGUCAGACGGCAUCAUCGUCUCUAAUGAUAACUACAGAGACCUGGCUAAUGAGAAGCCAGAGUGGAAGAAGUUCAUCGACGAGCGGCUGCUCAUGUAUUCCUUUGUCAAUGACAAAUUCAUGCCCCCAGAUGACCCUCUUGGUCGUCAUGGCCCCAGCUUAGACAACUUCCUGAGGAAAAGACCUGUCAUGCCUGAGCAGAAGAAACAACCUUGCCCAUACGGAAAGAAGUGCACUUACGGCCACAAGUGUAAGUACUACCACCCAGAGAGAGGUGCUCAGCCUCAGCGUGCUGUGGCUGAUGAACUGCGUGCCAGUGCCAAGACUUGCGUCACCACAAAGAACCAGGGGGACACCGGGUUGGUGAAGAGCCACAGUGUGCCAGCUGGCAGCAUCGAUGCAAAAAAAGGCGCGCAGAAAAGGCAGUCAGACCCGAGCAUCAGAGCGCUGUCGUACAGUGAUGCUGAGGAGAAGCUGGCAAGAGGUAGGGCGGAAAGCCAGAAGAACAGUAUGUGUGGCAGCAGCUGUAGCAGUGGGAGUAUAACCAUGUCCACAGCCCCAGGAGGCCCUCCAUCCAGUUUCAGCCUUCAGCAGGACCAGCAGUCCAGAGCGGUGACUCCUCAUAGCCUCCCAGCCCCCAGCCAUGACCUUUACCCUCACUGUGAGUCUCCAGACUUGAGCUACUACUCAGUAACGCGUGCGUACUCUGGCCUGAGCCUGUCCACCAGACGGAGCCCAGACUGCCGCUUCCCCAAUGACACAGACCUGCGGCUGGGCUCAAUGGGCUCAGCGGGCUCCGAGUGCGGCAGCGAAAGCAGCGUGAGUUGCGGGAGCAGCUGCGACUCGUACAGCGAGAGGCCGUGUCCCGGAUGCCCCCAAGACACCUUACUGGAAGACAACGUCCAUUUUGCUAAUCCUCACAGCCGACUGUAUCCCCAUCAUGCCCCGACGAACCAUGAACUGUGUGGCCUUCAUCCUGCCGAUUACACAAAUAUCCAACACAGCCACACGUCUAAUACACACAGCUACCACCUGGCACGCGGGCAGAGCUGUUCUCACGACCAGCCUCCACCAGAGGCUCCCCCUAAGCGCCCUCUCUACCCCUUGCCCCCUCACCUCCAGCACCAGCCGCUGACUGCACGCUCCAGCUGCCCAGGCGACUAUCACUCUCUGCCCCAGUCAAAUCCUCACCCCCCCGGCUCUCCCCUCGGCCGCUGCCUGGCCCCCACACGAGCAGAAAGUGUGUCAGACUCGCAUCUGUAUGAACACCUCUCUACAUCGCACCAUCACCACCGGACAAAAGCGCUGCCCAGCUGGGACACGUACUACAGACAGCCUCCAUUGCCGCCGUCCAGGUAUGAGCCGUCGGCCUAUCAAAGCCUGCCAGACACACGCCAGUCCUCCUGGCACGCCCCUCCCUGGACACAGGACGCCUACGCCCAGCACCACUCCUCCCACCCAGCGCUCCACCCGUCCUCGACACAUUACUUGAACCACCCGCCUCAUCCACCUCAUCCAUCCAGCACUCCUCUCCAGCCGUACCCGCCUCACAGCGCUCGCCUUACUGUCCCCUCCCACGCUCCACCCUCCUACAUGCCGCAGCACCCAGAAUCCCCUGCACACAGCCGCUACGGGGACAUGAGGGAGAAAGUGUACGUCAACCUGUGUAACAUCUUCCCCUCGGAGCUGGUGAGCCGGGUGAUGGCCAGGAGCCCCCACAUCACAGACCCCCAGCAGCUGGCAGCCGCUAUACUUGCAGAGAAAGCCCAAUCGGGCUACUGAAGAAAGAAGGAAAAUGUCAUCUCCCAUUAGAAAACAAUAGCAGUUAUGUAGUCAUGAUAAUAAUACUGUGGGUGGUUUGUACCAUCAGAGCAAACUGGGAUUUGCCUUUGCAACACUUGAAAGCACGUUGGGUUUGUACGGUGGAAUUUAGAAACACUGGAAUGCUUUUGGAUCGUCUGCAAGUAGAGCUUUUUCUUUUCUUAUGAUAUUAAUGAGACAAUUCAUAAGUUUCAAGGAUAUAAAAUGCUGAAGAUAAUCCAAAUCCAGCUCUUGUCACUGCACAGCGACAACUAAACCAACUGAACUUCAAGAAGUGUGGGAAGAGCGAGUCAUUUGAAGAAAUCUAUGACUUUGACACAAAGUGCGACUUGUGGAGAUUGUUCCAGACCCAGUUAAACAUUUGUAUUUAUUUAGUAGCUUAUUAUGUGUCUUUCUCAUGCAGGACUUGUAAUGCAUCAAGUUCAAAAGGCACUUAUUUUGUUUUACAGCCAAAUCAUAACCUCGUGAGUUGGUAUCACACACAUCAAAUAUGAGUGGUAUGAAGGAUUAUUUAAGCUUUUCCACCAGAUUCUGAUUUGUAUGGACUACGCACACACAUAAUGUGCAUCGUAAACCCUCACAGUUGAGUCAAACAGUGUUUGAAAAUAUUCUUUCAUGUGUAAAGCACCAGAUGGAUGGGAUUUUCAACUUCCUAACUAUAAAGAAAAGUGUCCCAGAUGAGUAUUUAAACAUGAUUUCAGAUUUUUCCCUGAAUGGUUUUCUUAACUUGUUACGUGGCACAUUCACGACUGGUACUCCAUCAUCACAUGAGGUUCAAACGACUGUUUGACCAAGGUCUGUGUAUUAUAUUAAUCUAUUUGUGUGUGUGUGUUGUGCGGCCACUUGAGGGGCUUUUUCCAUGUUGGUAAAAAUGGGUGUCUGAAAGAUGGUUGUCUUAUUUAAGAUAACGUCAGUAUUUUGGUCAGAGUUGUAGCUGUAGAGAUGGGUGACCCUGUCGUGUGUACCUUAGUUUUAGUAAGGGACAUCUCUCUCUCUUUCUUUCUCUCUCUCUCUCUGUGUCUCUCUCUCUCUCUCUCUCUGUGUCUCUCUCUCUCUCUGUCUCUCUCUCUCUCUCUCUCUGUGUGUGUGUCUCUC